UGAGGGUGGAGAGCCGCCUGCGCAUGUCAAGACUGAGUGAGCGCACACGGUCUAGGGGGCCUUGGAGAAGGGCAGCUGGUCACCUGCCACCCAGGGUCGGGGCCCUUGCACGAUCUUGUGGGCGAGCACCCGGGAAGGGGUCCAUCCCCCUUCCCUGCCGCCCCACCUCUGAGAUCGCCGGCCAAACAGAAGGUUCCGCCUUCUCCUUCCUGGCCCCUCCGGAUCUCCCCGGGGAGCCUGGGCGGGUGUGGACGGUACCGAGGUGGAACGAAUUUUGUAGCUCAGACGGCAGCUCCGUGUUGGUUUCGGGUGUAUGGGCACGCCCAGUUGGAGAAGCCGCCAGGGCGGAUGAAGCCGGCGCUCCCGGGUCUGGGUGGAUCCUGGUUGGAGCGUAACUGUUCGUAAGGAGGUGAGAGGUGGAUUAACAUGGACCCCUUCGACAGCCCAGCCGCCUAGAGCCUGCCGGCUGCUCGGUUCCGAGCCAAGCUUUCAGCGACGCGCAAACAGGAGACUGGAAGUUCCGGGGUGGGCGGGGAAUGCACUGUCCGCGGUGCUGAUCCGGAUCCCAGCAACGGGCUCUGGGGAGAGCGCGCCGAGCUGCCUAUCCGCUCCCUCCAACUGGGGCGGUCCGCUAGGGUGGCUUGGAGCUGAAACCCCCGCUUGGCUCCAAAACCCCGCAGAGGCUCUCCAGUCAUCGGCGCUUGGCCUUUAUUUCAGUCAGAAAGUCGCUUCCUUGGGCCAGUUCGUCCCAGAGGGUUUCCUCGAAAGUCUCUGAGAGGGGGCGGUUGUUGACCCAGGGAAUCUCUGUUUAGCCCCGGAAGCCACCCGCUGAAAAAAAAGAUGCCUGCCUUCAACAGAUUGUUUCCCCUGGCUUCCCUUCUGCUCAUCUUGUGGGUCGGCGUCUGCUUCCCCGUGUGUGUGGAAGUGCCCUCGGAGACCGAGGCGGUUCAGGGCAACCCCAUGAAGCUGCGCUGCAUCUCCUGCAUGAAGAGGGAGGAGGUGGAGGCCACCACGGUGGUGGAAUGGUUCUACAGGCCCGAGGGCGGUAAAGAUUUCCUUAUCUACGAGUAUCGGAACGGCCACCAGGAGGUGGAGAGCCCCUUCCAGGGGCGCCUGCAGUGGAACGGGAGCAAAGACUUGCAGGACGUGUCCAUCACUGUGCUCAACGUCACCCUGAACGACUCCGGCCUCUACACCUGCAACGUGUCCCGGGAGUUUGAGUUCGAGGCACAUCGCCCCUUCGUGAAGACUACUCGGCUGAUCCCCCUCCGUGUUACUGAGGAGGCUGGAGAGGACUUCACCUCUGUGGUCUCAGAAAUCAUGAUGUACAUCCUCCUGGUCUUCCUCACUCUGUGGCUGCUCAUUGAGAUGAUAUAUUGCUACAGGAAGGUCUCGAAGGCCGAAGAGGCAGCCCAAGAAAAUGCGUCUGACUACCUGGCCAUCCCAUCGGAGAACAAAGAGAACUCUGCAGUCCCAGUGGAGGAAUAGAAGGGGUCAACUUGCGGUGACGUACAGGGAAAGGAGGGGCAGGUAGAUAAGGAGGCAGGUGUGCAAGUGACCUUGUUACGCACAAACCAAGGUGACUUGAGAUUUGGUCCCUUAGAUUUCUACUCUACAUAGAGUCCCCAUCCUUAGGUCCAUCUCAAAGUUGAUGCCCAAGUCAUAAAGCUCUGUGUGAGAUUCAAGUCCUUCAAAAGGUGAAUUGCUUUGGCUUCUGUGUUGGGGGCAACUUGAGUUCCUUAUACACAGUGACAGAAAGUAAUUCCCCUUCUCCCUCCUAUGUAAGGAUCGUGGAUUAGGUCAAGGCCUUUGGCUGGGAUAGACUGGGCUGGCAAUCCUCAGUGAGCUGUUUUAUCACUGGUAGGUGGCCUGAACACUGAAGGGCUGGCUGUCCCAGGUCCAGUGAUGUCAACUGCAUCAGGAGGAUGCCCCAGGGACCACAUCACUUCCCUUCGUGCAUCCAUCCUUUCAGUUCAUUCUUCAUACAUCCACUCACCUCUGAACUUUCACCUCUGCCUUGUUAACUCCAUCAGACCUCUACACACCUCAAGACUUUGCCAGAACUGAGGAGCCAACAUUUCUACAUGACUCAAUCUCAGCCUGCCCUCACUUUCAAGCAAGUGGCUCUCAUGCCAACUGGACCCCUCCCCUGUGCUCCAUUCAACUUAGAACAUGUGCUGGAGGUGGACACGUGCAUCGGCUCCCUCUGGCUAGAGCCGGCUUUCUCUCCCAUUGCUGCAAAUGAAUGAAUGUCUUCUUGGAAGGAAGCGGGAGUGAUGAUUUGGGUUAAAGCAAGAGUGUCAUGAAGUGAGAUUUCUUGAAGGAGACUUGGGAGGUCAUACAGUGUGUUCAUGACCCUCCUGGGGGAUAAUGUGCGUGUAUCUUCCCAGGUGAGCACACCAACUGAGAUGCCUGGGUGGUAGUGGGCACUGGGAGUGAAAUCUCAAAGUUCUUCUCAAAAUGUCUGUGGAUCAGUAUUAUCAGGCAUUUUAUAAGAGGCACCCAAGACUCAGACAAGACUCAGCUCUAAGAGACCUUAAAGGAUAAAUUGAAGCAGAUAUAAGCCCAAGGCACUGCCCACUUUAUGCUUCCCGAGAUGGGAUAAUUUUAUGAAAAGACUUUGAAAUUGAAUUUGGCCAUGGCCCUGUCUCUUUCUUAAGCACAGAACUGGGUGGAUUACCUGGCUGAGGUGAAGUCUGAUUCAGGUAACUAGAAACUGGCCAGAAAGGCAGAGAGAAGGACGUGAAGUGGACUUGAAUUCCUUUAGUGAAAAGAUUUGUGAAUCUGAGACAUCUUCCAGGACAGUGGUCUGGGAAUGGUAUUGAACUAAGAAAUGUGUUUUUAGUCUGAGAUGGAUGAUGGCAAAUGACUGAGGUGAUAGGAGGGGGGCUAACCUGGGAAUUCAUAAUGUCCAGGGUUUUUUUUUUUUUUUUUUUUUCCCCAGGUGUUAGGAGAGCAGUUGAACACUGCAGAAAUCUUAGCCAAUAUCUCGUUUCACUUUGAAUGACUGGUUACAUGUGAUGUCCUUCAGCACUCUGUGAUGGGAGGGGGAAGGAUGCUUCGGGAUGGGUGGUAAGAAGAUGAAAUGACUUGGAUCUGAAGAACAACAUAUCCCCCAGAUCAGAGGGAACUUCUGGGGGGAAGAUCCUGCUCCCUUGGCCUUGGGUCUCACCUGAGAAACUCAGUUCAUCUCUGCCAUCCCAGGGAAGAGCGCCUGAAAUAAGUCUUUGUUCACAUAUUUGAGUGUUGGAUUUAUUGAAGAAAACACGUUCCAUAAAUUCAAGGCCCUUCUCGUUGGUAAUUUCCCACGCAAUCCCUCUGAAAUAGGAGACAGAGUAUAGAUUUUCCUUACUCUAUAGUGAGGAAAAUAGGCCUGGAUUACUGUGAGGUUUUCUAGACAUGUGGCUGGUGCAUAGAAGCUCCUUUUGACCAUGCAUCUAACCUGUGAGCUAGAGUGCACGUUUGCCUUUUUUUUUCCCUUUUCAAAAGCCCAACUCAGCUAUUCCCUGAGUGAAUUUUAAUGAAGUUGAAUGGUACCUCUUUUUUUCUUAUUUAUCCUUGCAAGUAAUCUUCUCCUAAUUUCUCAACUCUUCUCGUCUUUAAUACUUUAUUAGGUUAUAUGAUUUACCAAGCAUUUUAAUUUGUUAUCUUAUUUCUCCUCCAUAACUAGCUCUGUGAGGUGGAUACUGCAAGUACAUUAACAAAUGAAGGAAUGGGCUGCCUGAGGCUGACAAGCUUUACCAAACCAUAAGUUCAUACAGGUGGUAAUGAACUAGAACCUAGAGAAUGAAUGAACCUGGAGAACUAGAAUCCCUGCCCAACCCUCUUUCCACAGAGACCACAGCUUCGUCCUUUCCUCUCAUCUCUUUACUUCCACCUAAUCUUUGCCUCUCCUGCACAUCCUAAGAUAUUAAACAUCUCUCAUCCCUAGUUCCACUCAAGCACUCCUCUACCACUUGGUUUCUUGAGCCAUGCUAGAAACAUGUUUUCACAGGCUAUCUCAUUUUGCUUUUCCCCUUUUUGUUGGUUUGUACCCCAUUCUUUCUUCUGAGUUGCAAUUAAACUCCUUCCUGGGAGACUUGAUCAUGACUAUAUAUCCACAAGAUACUGUGAUCACCAGCCUACUUCAAAUCCUCACCCACUUCCUGUUUCACCACAUAUCCCUACAAAAGACUCAGAUAAAUGUGCGCUGCUCUGGAAGUUUUACCCGGCAUGCUGUUCUUAUUAAAGGGCUUAGAAAUGUUCUCAAGGGCUAUCACCACUCUAGGAACCCCAUCUGUUGUAUUGGUGCUGGAUAUUUCCAAUGACUAAUCCUUAAUACAGUUCACUCACGGCCAGUUAGGCUUGGUGUGGUUUUCCCUUUCCUUAACAGCCAGUGAACUUCACUGCUCAACUCGGUUGGCCCUGUAAGCACCUUGCCCUACUGACUUUUACCAACAGCUCAGCCUUGCCUCACAGCCCCAGCUCCUGUGUGGAAAGAACCUUGAAAGUCUGUUCCCAUAUCAGCCUUUAUCUUCAGUCCAUUUAAAAGCAUUAUCCUUCAGUGUCACCACCUCUCCAAACACACACACACCCAGAUUUCUGAUUCUCUGAGUUUCUGGUUUCUCCUUGGAGGCCAAACUAGAAAUGUUAGUUGGAAUUUUUCAAAGCAGGAAUAGGCUGGAAAUACGUUAUGGAGCUAAGAAUGGUUAACAGAAGAGAUAGCUCCUUUUCUUCCCCCCAAAUUACUACAUCAAAAAGGAAAAUACACCCAUCUCAGAAUGUGACAAAAAUCAGAGAGGAAAGAUCAUAUAACUAUAUCUUGGCAGGAAGAAGCAAGGAGCUAGGUACGUUUCAGAAUAUAUCUUGGUUCCCCUUCCUUUGGGGACCUUGGGCUUCCCUGGUAGCUCAGAUGGUGAAGAAUCUGCCUGCAAUGCAGGAGACCGCAGUUCAAUCCCUGGGUUGGGAAGAUCCCCUGGACAACAGAAUGGGAACCCACUCCAGUAUUCUUGCCUAGAAUUCCAUUGACAGACCAUGGGGUCGCAGAGUCAGACAUUACUGAGCGACUAACACACCCCUUCCCAAGUUAAGUGGAAAGGAAAAAUAAAAAAGCACCGUCUUUGCCCCUCCUUUUGUAAAUGAAAAACCCCUAACCCUGUGAAUCCUCCUAGUUACCUCAAACGUAUCCAGAUAGUAUAGUACCUGGGGCAUCAUUAUGCCCAUCAUCCAUUCAUUCUGCAUUUCAGCACCCACUCUGCAUCAAGGAUCAAGACAGCCCGAGUGUGCCCUGUGCUGUUAUUUUUUUAAAUCAUCACUCAGGCCUUUCCCAAUCUCCAGAACUCCACCGUGGUAGAUGAUUCAUGUCUAGCGGCCCCUCCCUUUCCUUGAGUCUGCGGUAGGACCCAGUAGAUGUGCACUUGAAGCAAGUCUGAAUUGUAGAUCAGACUUAACCCCUAUCAUAGCCCAGCUAAGCCUCAAAGCUGCUACUAUUCUUUUCUCCCCCGCUUGCAAGAGAUGCGGCUGACGGGCAGCGUGUGUGACAGGGAGGGAGGCGCUGAAGGAUGAGUGCUUGUAGGUUUGUGAAGCAGCAUCAAACACCAUCAGCAAACUUGUGCAGCCGUGGACCUAAUGGAACUUGUUACCACGUUAUCAGCUUUGCGUGGCUUUUUCUUCAUUUUCCAUAGCCAAUCUCUCCCUGAACUCUAGAAAUGUUCUUCCUGACCACUCAAGAUUUCAACAACCUAAUGCCUGUUGGUGGUGUUUUUCAGUAAACUCCUUGUUCAUGUCAAUAAAGUGUCUCUGAACAUGG